CAUGAACUCACAUUUUCUUCAUACAGUAACAUUCAAAUCAAACCAACUACAUAAACCCAAAACCAUGAAUCCUAUGUUUUACUUCCUUACCUUAACUGCUGUUCUGGCCGCGACUGCUAACGCUGGCGGACCAGUUCUCGAUUCCAAAGGUCAUCACAUAUUCAGCGGUAGUUACUACGUUAUACCUCGCAUCUUCGGCGCUGCAGGUGGCGGCCUGACUCUAGUCCCCCGUGGUGACAAACAAUGUCCUCUCUAUGUCGGUCAUGAAACUUUAGAGGUUAAGAUGGGCAUUCCCGUAAAAUUCUCAAGCUGGAUGUCAAGAGUUGGGUUCGUUCCCGAAUCAGAGAACCUCAACAUCAUGAUGGAUGCUAAAGCUACGACCUGUUCCCAGUCAAACUACUGGUGGGUCGCCCCUUCCGACAAGGACCGUAAGACGUGGUUCAUAGCGGCUGGUCCUAAGCCAAAAACUAAAGAAGAUCGGUCCAUGACUUCCUUCCAGAUCAAGAAAACUGGAGAUUCUCUUAAAGGCUACAAGAUUGUGUAUUGUCCUAAGGGUAAAGAUUGCAUCAAUGUCGGGAUCGUUAAGGACAAAAAUGGCGUUAGGCGUUUGGUUUUAAGCUCCAAACCAUUCCCUGUUGUGUUCGUGAAAGCUACUUGAACAGUCGUCCAAGACUAUGUCUAUAUAUUCCCUGAAAGAAAUUAAAGACUACAAAGUUAAGAGGAGAAGAGUUAUAACCUACGUUUAAUAAUAAAACUCUAUCUGUGUUCAUUGUUUUCUUUGUU